UUUUCAAGCCUGCUAAAUAAAACGGGGCUAUCCGCGUGGCGUGGCAUCUGACUAGCAAGUCUGUUUCCAUGACAGAUUCUCCAGCUGGUUCACACGAUGUUCAAAAGGCAAAAGUCCCUUCUCUCAGAACGCAAAAGAGAAUUAUUCUUUCAAGGAGUUUCAAGGUCUACCUCGAGGAAUGAUCUGAGAAGUUUUCACACAUUGUCGCAGUUUGUCCUCUCAGCAGGCCCUCUAAAAUCAGCUCCAGCCCCCAAACAUUCAAAAGCUGCUCACUUUGAGAUUGAAAUACUUGAUGCUCAAACCAGAAAACAGAUAUGUAUUGUGGAUAAGGUGGCACAAUCAUCUACUGUUCAUGAUGUUAAACAAAAAUUUCACAAAGCAUGUCCACAGUGGUAUCCUUCUCGAAUUGGGCUACAGCUGGAAUGUGGUAAGAACCAAUUUCCGAUGUUCCUGGCUGAAUACGCAGGACCCCUGCUGAUAUACCUCCUCUUUUAUUUGCGGGUUUCCCAAAUAUACGAUGUGAAAGAGAGCGCCGGACGACUGCGCCACCCGGUGGUCCAUCUGGCUUGCUUCUGUCAUUGCAUACAUUACAUCCGGCAUAUUUUGGAGACGUUAUUUGUUCACAAAGUUUCUGCAGACCAUACACCAUUGAAAAACUUGAUAAAGAGCUGUGCCUUGUAUUGGGGAUUCACUUCUUGGAUUGCCUACUACAUUAAUCACCCACGUUAUACACCACCGUCAUUUGGAAACAGACAAAUUGCAAUAUCUGCUAUCAAUUUCCUGAUUUGUGAGGCUGGGAAUCAUUUCAUCAAUGUAAUAUUGGCUCAUCCCAAUCACACAGGACAUAAUGCCUGCUUCCCAAGUCCAAAUUAUAACCCCUUCACAUGGAUGUUUUUCCUGGUUUCAUGUCCAAACUACACAUAUGAGAUUGGAUCAUGGAUUAGCUUCACAGUCAUGACACAGACACUGCCAGCUGGGAUUUUUACACUUUUGAUGAGUAUCCAGAUGUCUUUGUGGGCAAAAAAGAAACAUAAAUUUUACCUGAAGAAGUUUAACUCAUGUAUGCACAGGAAAUCAGCAAUAAUUCCAUUUAUAUUGUAAAAUGAAUAAGUGUUCUAAUAUCAAGAAAGAUAGUAUAUAAACUUACUAACUCAAGCUUAUUUAAGGAUAAUUAGCUAAUGUUCUAUCAAGGUAUGAAUUGUAUCAGUGUUUUUACUGAUUGAAAUAUGAACUGUUUUAGAGUUUAUCCAAACUCAUAGUUAUGAAGAUUAGGUAAUAAAAAGUAGAACUAAUAAACAGAGUCUGUCAAAAAAAUGUACGCACACUUCAGAACUUUGCUGUACUGUAUUAUACUAAUAAAGGUCUGAAGUACAAAGGCAACCACACUGAGCCCUUUUUACAAUUGCAGAAGCAAAAGGUAAUUUGUAUUAAUCUCAUGAUAUCUCGAUAAAUUUGAAAUAAAAAAAUGUAACAUUGGGCAUGGUGGGGCACG